AUGGGAAAGGUUCACGGAAGUCUCGCCCGCGCCGGCAAGGUCAAGUCCCAGACCCCCAAGGUCGAGCCCGCCGAGAAGGCCAAGACGCCCAAGGGCCGCGCGCACAAGAGGGAGAUUUACACGCGCCGCUUCGUCAACGUCGCCGUCACCGGCGGCGGCAAGCGCAAGGUAUGCACACGGCAACGCGGCCGAGAUCACAAGGGGCUGGCUGGGGUGAAGCUGACGAUGAUGUAG